GUAAUUAAAGGAACAUAGCUUAGUUCGACCUUUUUUUCGCCAAAAAAAAAAACAAAUUCGAUUUUUUUUUCUAUUAAGCACUUUUGUUCUUCUGCUUGAAAAAUUUCAACCAGGGUUUGGUUUGUGAUGGGUAAUGGCUUCCAUCGAUUUCAUAUAUAAUUAUGUUAUCGUGCUUCGAUUUAAUUUUUAUUUUUUCUCUCUAUUCAUGUGCGAUUCGUUAGGUGAUGUCUGAUUGUAGGUUUGAGUUGUGAAUUUUUGAGCUUUUUUUUUUUUUUGUCGACGAUAUUGAAUUUCAGAUGAUUGUGAAUACUUGAGCUUACUAAAAUUAGAGUGCAUCUCUUUGGUUUAAAAUCUUGGCAUCAAGGGGUUCAGAUAUAGUCAGAUAAGGUUCAAGUUUAUCGUUUAUAGAUAUUAUUGGUUCAACUCAUUAUUACACGAUAGUGAGACCCUCGUUUUGAGAUGUGCUGUUUAGUGGAAAACAAAGGUGUGAUUUGCUUUCUCUAUCCUAUUUUUCUUUUUUUAACAUGGAGUGACAAAGUUGUUCUUUUGUUGUUGAUAAAACCUGUUGAACCAUUUGAAAUGGGGAGCUUUUAUGGUGUUUUACCCCCAUGGGUUUCACCUUAAAAUUCUAAUGGGUUAGCUUAGUCCACAUUCAUGGGACAGACUAACAUAGCAAGAUGAGUUUAUCCAUAGAUUGACAUGAAAAAGGUGGUUGCUCUGCUUUUUCCUUUUUUUUUUGUUAGCUGCUCUGCUACUUUAUAAUUUAUCAGUUGCUUCAGUCAUUUUAGGCCUUGGUUUGGUUGAGAAUGGAUUUGGAACAUAGUCAUAUAGAUUUGGAAUUUUUUUUGUGUUUUUGACCAUUGAAGGUAUGUUUGAGAUUAUAUAAAGUUAUAAACACAUAACUAUGGUUGUGUUCUGUUCUGACCAAUUCUCUGAACUUGUUGAACUAAUCGUCAUGGCUGAUGACAUAUUUUAACGAAUAUUUCAUUUUAAUACAGUUAAAUCCACUUUACCAUUUCCCUGUAACAUCUGAGUUUUUUAUGAUCAGCUUCAUGUUUCUUAAGAGUUUGACUUUUCAGAAGUUUCGUGAUACCUUCCAAGACGAGACUUGGUAUAAAUAAUCUCAAGUCAACCAGCUUGUGGAAAUCUUCAGGAAAUAAUGGAGAUGAAGGGUUUGACUUUUAACAAGAUUCUUCACUCAAUAAUAUAAACAGAAGAUGAGUACCAUGGUUUCUCCGGGCUGAUUUGGUUACAAUGAAAUUCUCUUCGUAGUUAUUUUUUUUCGGAUCUUAGUUGAAAGAAGCUAGACUUUGGUUUAGGCUUUUGGAUUGUCUAGGCCUCGUGCUUAGGUAUCAUCAUCCAUCAUGUCUGCUUCUUCGUCUUCUUCUUCAUUGUCCCCUAGUCAACGGAGAUACGAUGUCUUUCCAAGCUUCAGUGGUCAAGAUGUCCGUCGAAACUUUCUCAGCCACUUGCUCGGUGAAUUUAAUCGCAAAGGAAUCAACACGUUUGUAGAUAAUCAAAUCAGGAGGACCGAGUCCAUCGCCCCUGAGGUUGUACAAGCUAUAAGAGCAUCGAGGAUUGGGAUCGUCAUCCUCACGAGGAACUACGCUUCUUCAAGUUGGUGUUUAGACGAGUUGUUGGAGAUUAUGGAAUGUAGAACCACUACAGGUCUAAAGGUGAUGCCAAUUUUCUACGAAAUGAAUCCAUCUGAUGUAAGAAGACAACAUGGAGAUUUUGGGGAGGUUUUCGAGAGAACUUGUGUGGGGAAAACAGAGGAGCAGAAGCAGAAAUGGAGGCAAGCUUUGACUGAUGUUGCCAACAUAAGCGGCCAGCAUUCACAUAAUUGGGAUAGCGAAGCUGCUAUGAUGUUAAAAAUUGCUACAGACGUUACUAACAUGUUGAACUCCACACCGUCGAGGGAAUUUGAUCAUUUAGUUGGAAUGGAACCUCAUAUAGCAAAGAUGAAUUCUUUGUUAUGCAUGGAAUCUAAUGAAGUGAGAGUCGUAGGGAUUUGGGGUCCUGCAGGAAUUGGGAAAACCACAAUUGCUAAAGCGUUAUACGAUCUAGUUUCCAGCGACUUUCAGCUCAGUGUUUUUAUGGAGAAUGUCAAAGGAAACUACAGCUCUAAGUUGCAGUUGCAAGAAUAUUUUCUUUCUAAAAUCCUCAACCUCAAGGAUAUGAGGAUAAAUCAUUUAGGUGUGGCAAAGGAGAGGCUAAACUCCUGGAAAGUGUUUAUUGUUCUUGAUGAUGUUGAUAAACUAGAGCAACUAGAAGCUGUAGCAAAUGAACUUAUGUGGUUUGGCGCUGGAAGUAGGAUCAUCGUGACCACUGAAAACAAAGACCUUUUCAAGAGACAUGAUAUCGAGCAUAUAUAUGAGGUGAAGUUUCCAUCUGGCAAUGAAGCUCUGCAAAUCUUUUCUCGAUCCGCUUUCAAACAAGAUUCUCCUCCGGAAGGAUUCAUGGAGCUUGCAGUUGGAGUUACACAAGUCACUAAUCAUCUUCCAUUAGGACUAUGUGUUUUAGGCUCUUCACUACGACGUAAAAGCAAAGUUGAGUGGGCACAUGAACUGCGUCACCUAAAAGCCAAUCUUCAUGGUGACGUUUCUAAGAUAUUAAGAGUCGGCUACGAUAGCUUAGGUGAUGGUGAUAUAUGUAAAACUAUAUUUCUCCAUAUCGUGUGUUUAUUCAAUGGUGAAGAAGAGGGUCGGGUGAUUCAGCUUCUUGAAAAUAGCAUUAUUGACGUUAAAUAUGGACUUGGUGUUCUUGUCGAAAGAGCGCUUUUGUCUAUAUCAAGUGGCAAACAUAUCAUGAUGCACCAUUUGCUACAACAAAUGGGAAGAGGAAUCGCACGAGAAAAAAAUGCUGAUGAGCCUGGGAAACGUCAGUUCCUUUUAGAAUCUGAGGAGAUUCGUGAUGUUCUUUCUGAUGGCACUGGUACAGGAAGUGUCUUAGGCAUAUCAUUAAACAUGUCUGAAAGCCGCGAGUUGUUCCUAGAGGAGAAAGCCUUUAGAGGGAUGGACAAUCUCCAAUUUAUAAGAUUCUAUAAACAAUGGUGGUCCGACAAGGCCACACUGCAUUUACAUGAAGAGUUGGACUGUUUGCCUCUACCUCGUAAACUCAAGUUACUUCACUGGGAAUCAUGUCCUAUGAAAAGUUUGUCUUUUCCCUUACGUCCAGAAUGUCUCAUUGAAAUCAAGAUGAAAGAGAGCAAACUAAAGAAGCUUUGGGAAGGAGUCCCAAUGCAUAGAAGCCUAAAAAAGAUGGAAUUGAGUGGCUCUACGAGCUUGGAAGAACUUCCUAAUCUUUCAGAAGCAGUAAAUUUGGAGCAUUUGGAUAUGAGGGAUUGCCACAGUUUGCUGAAGCUUCCUCCCUCUAUCUGGACACUUACUAUGUUGGAUUUCUUAGACCUUCAAGCCUGCAGAAAUUUAGAGCCUCUUCCAGCAAACUACGCUUUGGAGUCUCUAAGCUACCUCAACGUUAGCUACUGCCCAAAACUCAAAGAUUUUCCAGAGAUUUCUAGUGACAUUGAACAUCUUAAUGUGUCCUUUACCAUGAUACCACAAGUGUCUCCAUCUCUUAACCUUUGGGAUUUUCUUCAUUCAUUGGAUUUGACUGGUUGUGAAAACGUUACAGAGUUUCCACUUGUUCCGCACACGGUCUCUGAGUUACAUUUGGAUUCAACAGGAAUACGAGAAGUUCCUCCGUGGAUCUCGGAUCUCUAUAGGCUCACACAGUUAACGAUGUCAUAUUGUGUGAAGCUGCGUAAGAUCUCGCCAAGAAUUUGUGAGUUACGAAUGCUCCAGUUACUUCAGUUUACAGGCUGCAUGAAUGUAAAAUCCUUCCCAGCAGAAAUCUUCCAGAGCUUCUACUUGUGGCAUGAGUUCGAUUUGACAUUGGACUACAUUGACAAGAACAGCUUACCUACAUUUACGUCUGAGGAGACUCACGAUUUCCCUUUACACUUGAGUUUGCUUGGGAAUGAUUUUGAGAGUAUUACACAUCAUGUUGUACGGCAGGUUCAUUACCUUGACCUUACAAACUGCAUUGAUCUACGAUGGCUGCCAGAGCUUCCGGGCUCUCUGUCAGAACUGCACGCAGAUAAUUGUGCGUCUCUUGAAAGUUUGUCACCCCCUAUGGCUCAUCUCAUGACCCAAAGCUCAUUCUCAAGUUCAUUAACUGUUGGAACCUAGACCAACAAGCGCGUAAACUAAUCAUUGAGAAAUGGGCUUGCGGAUAUGCGGUCCUACCUCGUAGUAACGUUCCCGACUACUUUCCUCAUCAAGCUAGAAGAAGUUCUCUAACCAUUCAUUUAAACCGGAGGAAGUCAUAUGGAUCGUUGAGAUUUAAGGCUUGCGUUGUGCUCCACCGGAGAGAUGAGGUUGAUGCUGUGCCUUAUAGUAAUUUCCAAAUAUCUUGUUACGUCAGAGGCAGACGCUUUAUCACUGUGUAUAAAUGGCCAGAGAUAUAUGCACAUUGUCAGCUUCGUGGAAACCAUAUGUUUGUACUCAACUCUUAUUUCACGCUGGAGGAAGACAACAUCCCUGAAAGAAAAAUGCGUUUUGAGUUCAAAUGCUUGGAGAAGAAAAACUAUCCAGAAACUGUAACACCCAAAAUACUGGGGUGUGGUGUAAAACUCUUAAAGCCUUGUUCCUGUGAGUAUGACUCGAAAGCUCACCCUGAGCUAUCGUCUCUUCCACUCGAGGACAAUGAAGGCAACAACAACAACGUUGGAGAGUCAAGUAGAAGCAAGAAACGAGAAUGGUCAAGUGUUGCAGAAGGACUUGAGAGAACAAGCAAGAAUCUGAGGAUUUGAUGAUGAGUAGAACUCUGAAGAUACCAUCACAUUGAUGUUAGGUAUGGAUAUUCUUUCUGAUUCUAAUUUGAACAGCAAACACUGGCGGUGCUAAUAAUCAAGCUCCUGUUUCUUUCAAUGGAUUCACUCAUCUAUUACUGAUUAACCAAAUAUUAAAGGGUUGAGAAAAACUGAUGUUGUUUUUUUUUUUUUUUUAACUCAAGGAAAAAAAAAAAACAGAUUUGUGUUAGUGUUCUAAAACGAUA